AUGUCGAUUAUUACUAUCCUUUUACUGAUGAAUCUCUUCAUAGAAACCUCUGUGUCAUUGACUGUAUUGGUUCCUGGUGAUCCUGUAGUGGGUCAUGUGGGAUCUGCAGUGAUUCUUCCCUGCUGGAUCUCUCCUCCGGAGAACGCUGAAGCUCUGGAGAUCCGCUGGUACCGUCACGAUCAGUUCAACAACACUGUUCUGCUCUAUAAUCAUGGAAAGAUCCAGGACGUCCAGGAGGAAUCAUACAGGAACCGAAGCUCUUUGACUCUGCGGUCAGAUCAGUCUGGUGGACUGAAUGAGGGAGACGUCUCUCUACGGCUGGAGAAACUCACACUUCAGGAUGAAGGUUCAUUUCACUGUUAUGUGAGUGGAGAAAGUGCAUAUGGCAAAGAAGAGGUGCUACUCAAAAUCAAAGGUUUCGGAUCCACUCCUGUCCUUGUUCCAAAGCUUCUUGAUGAUGGGCGUGUGAACAUCAGCUGCAAGUCCAGUGGCUGGUAUCCAGAGCCCAACAUCAAAUGGACAUCAGUUGAUGGAAGGGUUCUUCGUCCUGGAGGAUCAUCUCACAGUCGUGGAACAGACAAAAUGUUCUCUGUCCACAGUUGGAUGGCCAUCUCUCACUCAGAUGCUCAUCUGGUCUCAUGUUCAAUCUCCCUUAGAACUGGAGAGUUACAAGAAAGUAGGAUUGAUGUACAAGCCAUCAUAUCCUCAGGUCCAUGGAAGGCUCUUUUCCUCACCUUUCUCAUCUGUGCUCUUCUGGGUUUGGUUGGGUUGUUUCUCUACAAAUACAGAGACAGACUAACAGGGAAGAAUCCAGCAGAUCCAAAUCUGAGGUUUGUUUUCAUUUUAGUUGUGGAAGAUAUGACUAUAGAAGAAUUGAGGCAACAUGCAGUUGAGAUCACUAUUGACCGUGAGCGUCUACAUCCAGAUCUGAAGGUUUCUCAGGACUGUAAAACUGUGAGGGACAGUGCUGAUUAUAAUCACACCGGACAGGGAUUUCCAUAUCAAUUAUGUGCUUUUGGAGCCCAAAGAUUCUCCUCCGGUCGUCACUAUUGGGAAGUAGAUCUCGCACAAGAAAAUACUCCUCCCAAAAACUACUGGUUAAUUGGUGUGAUGAAAGAUGGAAAUUUAACUGCAAGAGACAGAUCUGGUUUAACUCCAUCAAACGGUUCCUGCUUCUUGUGUUCAGACGGUCCUAAUGGCUUUCACACAAACACUGAUCAAUCAGUUAAACUCUCUCUGACACCGAGACCUGAACGACUGGGAGUUUUGUUGAAUUAUGAUGAUGGACAGCUGUCAUUUUACAACGUCAAAGAGAGAAAACAUCUCCUGACCAUCAGCAGCAGAUUCUCUGGAUCAAUCGUUCCUCUCUUCAAUCCUGGAGCUGGUGAUCUGAGUCCACUUAAAAUCAUGGAUGGUCCAAAUCCUGUAGAACAAGCUGAAUCCAGUCAGCCUUUACUGAGUAAUAACAGCGCAGACACCUGACUGACCACUGCAGUGUUUAAUCAGAAGGAAUC